AUGUGUGAGGCGCUGGUCCUCGACCUGACGGUGCCGGCGGCCAAGGAGACGGCGCUGCUGGAGCUGAGCAAGAAGCGGGAGUCGUUCCCGGAGCUGGCGCCCUACCUGUGGCACAGCUUUGGCACGAUGGCGGCGCUGCUGCAGGAGAUUGUCAGCAUCUACCCCAUGCUGCAGCCGCCGUCGCUCACCGCGCACGCCUCCAACCGCGUGUGCAACGCGCUGGCGCUGCUGCAGUGCGUGGCCUCGCACCCCGAGACGCGCAGCCUCUUCCUGCAAGCACACAUCCCGCUCUUCCUGUACCCCUUCCUCAACACCAUCAGCAAGACGCGGCCCUUUGAGUACCUGCGGCUCACCAGCCUGGGGGUCAUCGGAGCGCUGGUCAAGGUGGACGACACCGAGGUCAUCAACUUCCUGCUGUCCACCGAGAUCAUCCCGCUGUGCCUGCGCACCAUGGAGACGGGCAGCGAGCUGUCCAAGACGGUGGCCACCUUCAUCGUGCAGAAGAUCCUGCUGGACGGCGUGGGCCUCUCCUACAUCUGCGCCACCGCCGAGCGCUUCUUCGCCGUGGGAGCCGUGCUGAGCAGCAUGGUGACGGGCCUGGCGGAGCAGCCCAGCGUGCGCCUGCUCAAGCACAUCAUCCGCUGCUACCUGCGCCUGAGCGACAACCCGCGUGCCCGCGAGGCGCUGCGCCAGUGCCUGCCCGACCUGCUGCGCAACCCUCAGUUCACUGCGUGCCUCAAGGACGAUGUGACGACGCGGCGCUGGCUGGCGCAGCUGCUGGUCAACGUGGGGCACGUGGGCGAUGCGGCGGCGCUGGGCACAGACGUGGUGGGGCCCACCCCGCCCGUGCAGCAGGUGGCGUGA